AUGACUCUUUGGAGUCUCAUCGAUGAUCUUACCCUGCAACAAACUUCAAACCUAUCUUUCUUUUCUUCUCUCCAGCAAAGGGAAGUAAGGAAAGCCAUGAGUAGCUCAUAUUUCCCUGCUCGGACAGUGCUGUUUGAGAGGGAGAAAGCUGGCACGACAUAUAGGAUACCUGCCCUGCUCUAUAUCCCCAAGAGGGCCACUCUGCUGGCCUUUGCAGAGGAGAGGCUCACCCCUGAUGACUCUCAUGCAAAUGUGCUGGUCCUGAGAAGGGGGGCCUUCUACAGGACAUAUGUGGAGUGGGGAGAUAUGCGAGUUGUGGAGACAGCAUCUCUGGAGAAGCAUCGGUCCAUGAAUCCUUGCCCUGUGUAUGAUGAGCUCACCGGCACUGUCUUCCUCUUCUUCAUUGCGGUGUUGGGCAACACCCCAGAAUCCUUCCAGAUCAUGACUGGCAAGAAUGCAGCCCGACUUUGUUAUGUGACCAGUUCAGAUGGGGGCCUCACCUGGGGUGCUGUCACUGACCUGACAGAGCAAGUCAUCGGCUCUGUUAUAGAAGACUGGGCUACCUUUGCCUUGGGCCCUGGCCAUGGCAUCCAGCUGAGGUCAGGACGUCUCCUUGUUCCUGCUUACACUUACCACAUCGACUGCAAGGAGUGCUUUGGGAAAAUCUGCAAGACCACCCCUCACUCCUUCACCUUCUACAGUGAUGACCAUGGUCAGAGCUGGCAAUUUGGGGAUUUCAUCCCCAACUUGAAAACUGGGGAGUGCCAGCUGGUAUCUGUGUACGAGGAAGAUGGCAGCAAUAUUCUUUAUUGCAAUGCCAGGAGUCCCCUGGGCUGCCGGGUGCAGGCGCUCAGCAUGGAUGAUGGGGCUGCUUUUCUCCCGGGACAGCUGGUUCGGAAGUUAGUGGAGAGCAACCGUGGUUGCCAUGGCAGCAUCGUUGGGUUCCCAGCUCCUCUCGUUAGGAACUCCUCUCAAUUUCUGUCACAAGGGGAGAGAUGGUUUGUUGGUGGCUGUGACUAUUUCUGUUUCCUACAAAAGCUGCAUAGUCUUCAGAAACACAAAGCAAAGAGUGUUAGAAGUAUCCCAGUCACCUCUGUAAAAAAUGCAUCCAAAUGCCACCCACAACAGAAAGUCUCUGAAGAAUCUCUGAUCUCUGAGGGUGAUGGUGAUUUGGGCCAGAAUGCCCCAGGACCUGUCUCUCAAACUUCCACCUCAUUUCAGACACCUACUUGGGUAUUAUAUUCCCACCCCACAAGUCACAGGUCUCGGAUAAAUAUGGGAGUCUACCUUAGCACUUUUCCCAGAAAUGCUGACAGCUGGACUGAGCCCUGGGUGAUUUAUGAAGGGCCCAGUGCAUACUCUGAUCUGGCAGUGAUUGAGCUACCCUUUUCAGAUCCGUCAACACCAGGGAUUCCAGCCAUCACUUUUGCCUGCCUCUAUGAAAGUGGAGCCAGGUAUGCAUAUGAAGAGAUCUCUUUUUGUCUGUUCACACUCUCUGAAGUUAUUGAGAAUAUACCCACAGAGGUCAGCUCUCUGAGUCAGAGUUGCCAAGCAGAAAGCAAGGACCAUUGGAAAAGCUGUGGGACCUCCUGA